UCUAGUGUCGAGUAUAAAUUCAGGGGAGAGCAGAAAGGAGAUGAGACGAGAGAAGCAAAGGAAAUGGCCGCCGGCGACAUCCCGUCGAUUGAUAUGCAAGACUUUCCUAGGCAAUUCCGGAGGCUGAGAGAAGCAUGCGAGGAAUGGGGUUGUUUCAGAGUUGUUAACCAUAGCAUCCCUCCAUCUUUAUUGUCUGAAAUGAAGUCCGUCGUCGGAUCUCUCCUUGACCUUCCCCUGGAAGUCAAACGCCGGAACACUGACGUGAUAGCUGGCAGCGGCUACAUGGCACCCAGCAAGGUCAAUCCUCUUUACGAGGCCUUGGGUCUCUACGACAUGGCCUCCCACCAGGCUGUGGAUGCAUUUUGUUCUCAGUUAGAUGCCUCUCCUCACCAAAGGGAGACAAUAAAGAUCUACGCCAAAGCAGUGCAGGAGCUGGCCAUGGAUAUCGGGAACAAGCUGGCAGAAACCAUGGGGUUAGGAGGCGAUUUGUUCAAGGAAUGGCCCUGCCAGUUUAGGAUAAACAAAUACAACUUCACUCCUGAAACUGUGGGUUCCCCGGGCGUCCAAAUCCACACAGAUUCCAGCUUCCUUACCAUACUCCAGGACGAUGAAAAUGUAGGGGGCCUUGAAGUGAUGGACAAGUCUGGCGCAUUUGUUGCGGUGGAUCCCAUGCCAGGGACUCUCCUUGUCAAUCUGGGAGACAUUGCCACGGUGUGGAGCAACGGAAGAUUGUGCAACGUGAAGCAUAGGGUACAAUGCAAGGAGGCAGCAGUGCGAUUGUCAAUUGCUUCUUUUCUGCUAGGGCCCAAGGAUGCAGCAGUGGAAGCCCCGCCGGAGCUGGUGGACUCCGAACACCCUCGCCUUUUUGUUCCCGUCACCUAUGAGGAUUAUAGAAAACUCCGCCUCUCUACCAAAUUGCAGGCUGGUGAAGCUCUGGCGCUUGUGCGCGUCGACUCCUAGACAAAAAGAAAAAGAGGGUUCCACUGUUCCAGUGUUGCCUUGGUGAUGUUUUUAUGCUUAAUAAAUUAUUAAUUGGGAGCAUGGUUAGUUUUGUAUGUUUACAGAUCUCUACUCUUCUUUUAUGGCCAAAAAGAGAUUUUUGAAACAGGACCAAAAAAGUAGUAGGGCACAUGAUACACCACCAUACAUGCUUGAAGUGCACAAAGAAAUCCUGCAUUCUAGCAUAACUCUAGCCCCCUCCCUAAGGGAUUUGAUGAAAGAUUCCUUUCGCCUUUGCCUUUCACCUUUGGUCACUUUGUUGAAAACUUGUAUUGUUUCAGCACCCUCUCCAAAUGCAUGUAGUUGUUUGUUUUUUAAACUACCCCUUUUUUUUUUUGGUGGUUAAAAAACAACUUGUUUUCGGAUUUCAAAUAGUUUGUGUUUUUUUAU